GUGCUCCACAACCAUUAGACUCAGAGUUUCUCAUCACCUGGAGAUCUCGCACUACUCUCUUCUGUCUUCGACAAUAGUCUUCUGUCUCUGACAGUCAAUCUGUUGAAAGGAUGCGGUAUGUGAUGAUCUUUCUGGUGUUGACGCUGGUCGUCCUCAUGGCUGAACCCAGGAGUUUUUUAAAAAAAAUCGGAAAGGCAAUGAAAGGAAAAGGCCGGUAUUCCAAAACAUUUGGAAAGACAUUUGGUGGAGUCAUUGGUCAAGCCAUUGGUCAAGCCAUUGGUCAAGCCAAUGGUAAAGACUAUGGUCAAAUCAAUGGUCAAGGCUAUGGUCAAGUCAAUGGGCAAGGCUACGGUCAAGUCAAUGGGCAAGGCUACGGUCAAGUCAAUGGUCAAGGCUAUGGUCAAGCAGCAGAUUAUUAUGGUUGAAAGUUCAUGGAGAUGUGCUAUUUUCAACUAUGGACUGGCACAAGAAUCAAUGCAACUUCAAUGCAACGCUUUGCAAUUAAAAAACAAAUGGAUCAACAAACAAACGAGUUGUGUCACAUUUCUUUAAUCAUGUAAAGAUCAUUUAGGGAGUGUUGUCACAGCUUCCAGUGGUUUUAAAAAAUGUGAAAUGGCUUGCUAUUAACUGCCCUGAUGAAUAAAACUGCAAUACAAAAAGUAAAAA